CAUGCAAGUAGCGUUGAGGCAUAGAAGAAGCACAGAAAUGGGGUAUUAUUACUUAGUGUGUGUGCUUUCUUUUGUUCUACUUUCCUCAUUCAGAGUUUCUUCCACAGAUUCAGUUCCAUUAUAUUCGCCUGUUCAUGAUGCUGCUUCACUCAAUCGCACCUCUUUUCCUCCUGGCUUCAUCUUUGGGGCUGGAUCCUCAGCCUAUCAGUUCGAAGGUGCAGUAAACGAAGGAGGCAGAGGAGCAAGCAUAUGGGAUACAUUCACCCAUAAACAUCCCGGUAUCUCUCUCUCUCUCUCUAAACAUAAAGGACAAGAAAAGAUCAUCGAGAUGCACACUUAACUUUUUUUAUUUUUU